AUGGGUGCCCUCUGCGGCAAGGAGUCGAGGGAUGAUAACUUCGCCGGCCCAGGCCGCCGGCUGGACUCAUCACCCGACCAGAGUCCCACCGCGCCGCUGCCCAGCAACAAGCGCGUCGUCGGUGGGCCCCCGCGGACCCUGGGAGGCUCGUCAAGCGGCGGCGGCGGCGCUUCCUCCUCAAGCGCCGCGGAUGCGAGGCGCAAGGCUGCCGAGGCUGCCGAGGCGAGACAGAAAGCGGCAGAAGGCAAGUUCAGUGGCAAGUUGGGUAGUCAGCUGCAGCAACAGAAAAAGGAACCCCUGAACGAGACCAUGAAGCGGCAUGCCGACGAGGAGAGGCAGCGGAGAGAGAUUGAGAGGAACGAUGAACAACGCAACUACAACUGA